AUGACGCUGGCAUGUCUUCCAAUCGCUGUAUGAUACGUCACAUAUCACGUGAUAUGAUAUCUCCGAUCUGAUUGGCUCUCUGAAAACAAGCCAGUUCCUUACUGCUCAUGUGACUUGUGUUUUGGACAAGAGAAGUCAUGUCCAGUGCAUACCAGAUAGUGGUGCAGGGCGAAGCCUCUGAGACAGACUCUGAUGAUGAAGUCUACAUCACCUCCAUGCCUGCUGCUCAGACUGCCACAGCAGGAGCCAAGGUUCCUGGAGAGGCGUCUGAAACAGACAGUGAGGGUGAGGAGGAGCAGACGGGCCGAGUCUCCUCACUGAGCCAGGAGAGCGCUCAGAUACUCAGGAGAGACCUGCCUCCUCUUAUCGUAGUUAGAGACCAUCCUGAUAUACAGUCCAUAGUGGAAGACAGGCCAAGUCCCACACACAGGCCGCAAGGUGACACCCUUUUACAACAGAAGCUGCAGGAAUCUAACAGCCGGCUGUAUUCUGACGUGGGACAGACACUGCGGCAGGUUUAUGGCAGCGCCAGUAGAGAGGUGCACAGUGCAACGACUCAGCUGAAUGCUUCGCAGAGCGCCAUCAUCAAUGCCUCCCACAGCAUCAGAUUAAUCCUGGAUGACCUGAAGGCUGUGUCCGAGAAGAUUGACAUCAUCACCAGCUGUCAGAUACUGCCCGAUAUUAACAUCAAUCAUCCAAAUAAUUGUACUACUCCUGUACCUUAAAGGAACACAUCAAUAUAUAUAUAUAUAUAUUUAAAAUAUACAUAUCAUUAUGGGUAUAUUUUCAUUGAAUAUCAGAGAGUAGGAUUCAAGCUGAAAAAAAUAGCAUGUUAGCUUUACUUCAGUGUUUAUAAUGAAUGCCUAUGCAUAUGAACUAAUACGUGUAUUCAACAGUCACACACUGUAUUUGUCUGUCAGGGUUCUCUGUCCUUGUGUCUGGAGCUCUGGGGAUAUUUCUGACAUUUCACAUAGAAAUUUAUUGACAAUAUUCAUUUUUUACCCUGCAGUUCUUUGUAAAUAUUAAUGUAACAAUAUAAUCCCUUAAACCUCUGUACACUGAUUUUUUAUAAGGCAUAUCCUUUUUUUGUGUUUACUGUUUUCUGCCCCUUUGUGAUAGGCAAAGAAGGCAUUCUUGUACAAGUUUCUCAUUUCCCCUGUGUGUUAAAAUGAUAAAAUAAAUGUAACUCACUAAUAUAAAUAGCUUUUGUUGGAAACCUGAA